CACAGUAGCAGUCCUUAAGAUGACAACAAUAAAUAUUUAUCAGACCGCCUAUUUGAAACCAAAAACAGCGCGUUCCCAAAAUAUGGCAUAACCAGGAAGUACUGAGGUGUCAUAUGAUUGUAGAAAAAUGGCUGCGGUACAAUGGCGUUCCUGCGGGCGCAACUAUGAGGCAGAGCUGCAGAGAUGUCGUCCUGAGGCUGCUGCGGUUGAGUUUGGAGACUACCAUCCCCUCAAACCCAUCAUGGUGACAGAUACAAAGACCCACCGUGGGGCUCGUAAAGGCAGCACCUCCUCGUCUUGCUCCUCCUCCUCCUCAGCGCCCCCGGACCCCCUCAGCUCCAUGAUGGAUGGAACCGACCCCCUCUCCAUGUUUGCCGCAGCCUCGGGCAGUGAGACUCCUGCCAUGUCACACAGCGCCUCCGCAGGGGACCUGGGGAGGAAGAAGAAGGAGAAGGAGGAAGAGGUGGUGGGACCAGACUUUGAUCCCUGGUCGGCAAAACGAGGAGAGAUCCUGGCCAGGUUCACCACCACUGAAAAACUCUCAAUUAACCUUUUCAUGGGUUCUGAUAGAGGAAAAGCUCCAAGUCCAGGAUCCUCAGCUGUUUCAGAGAAAGUUCGCACUCGCCUGGAGGAACUGGAUGAUCUGGAGGAGGGUUCCCAGAGAGAGCUGCUGAACCUCUCCCAGCAGGAUUACGCCAACCGCAUCGAGGAGCUGAACCAGUCCCUGAAGGAGGCCUGGGCCUCUGACCAGAAGGUCAAAGCCCUGAAGAUUGUCAUCCAGUGCUCUAAGCUUCUGUCCGACACCUCGGUGAUCCAGUUCUACCCCAGCAAGUUUGUUCUCAUCACUGAUAUCCUCGACACUUUCGGCCGGCUGGUGUACGACAGAAUCUGGACCAUGUGUUCAGACCCACGACCCCUACCAGACUCGUUCACAGUUGAAGAUGUGAAUGACACGGCGAAGGAGACGUGCCUCAACUGGUUCUUCAAGAUCGCCUCCAUCAGAGAGCUUCUGCCCAGACUAUACGUUGAGGCUGCCAUUCUCAAGUGCAACCGCUUCCUGAACAUAUCCGGUAUUCAGGAGACGCUCCCUCGGUUGACAGCCAUGAUCAGAGGGAUCGGAGACCCGCUGGUGGCAGCGUACACCAGAGCUUACCUCUGCAGGGUGGGCAUGGAAGUCGCCCCCCACCUGAAAGACAGCCUGAACCGCAACUUCUUCGAUCUGCUGGGCACCUUCCGGCAGAUCAGCGGGGAGAGCGUCCAGAACCAGCUGGCCCUGCAGAGGGUGGAGGUGCCCGAGUACCUGACGCUUUAUUCACCCGCCAUCAACUGGAUCCUGCAGUGCAUCGCCUACAGAGCUCCAGAGCCUCUGCUAACGGAGAUGAUGGAGAGAUGCAAGAAGCUGGGGAACAAUGCCUUGCUGCUGAAUUCAGUUAUGAGGGCGUUCAGGCCUGAGUUUGUUGCAGCCAGAGCCACAGACUUCAUCGGUAUGAUCAAAGACUGCGACGAGGCCGGCUUCCCAAAGCACCUGUUGUUUGGGUCUCUGGGUCGCAGUCUGGCUUGUGCCGACCCUCCAGAGUCCGAGAGACUGACGAUCCUUAAUGAAGCCUGGAAGGUCGUCACCAAAGUCCGCAGUCCCCGGGAUUACGUCAACUGUGCUGAGAUCUGGGUGGAGUUCACCUGUCGACACUUCACAAAACGUGAGGUCAACACCGUUCUGGCUGACGUAAUCAAACACAUGACGCCUGACCGGGCGUUUGAGGACGCUUAUCCUCAGCUGCAGUCAGUGAUCAGGAAGAUCCUCACCUACUUCCACGACUUCUCCGUCCUCUUCUCCAUGGAGCGUUUCCUGCCCUUCCUAGACAUGUUCCAGAAGGACAGUGUGAGGGUGGAGGUCUGCAGAUCCAUCAUGGAGGUCUUUAUCAAACACCAGGUGGAGCCCACCAGAGACCCUGUCAUCCUCAACGCCAUGUUGCACAUCUGCAAGACCAUGCACGACUCUGUCAACGCUCUCACUCUUGAGGAUGAGAAAAGAUCUUUGGCUCUGCUGAUAAUCGGUUUCAUCCGCAUGGUUUAUUUUGGCCGUGACUUUGAGCAGCAGUUGAGUUUCUGUGUGGAGGCCAGAGCCACCUUCUGUAACCUGGAGCCGGUACUGGUGCAGCUCAUUCACACUGUGAACCAGCUGGCGAUGGAGACCAGUAGGGUGAUGAGAGGCAGUCACUCCCGAAAAACGGCGGCAUUCGUCAGGGCGUGUGCUGCCUACAGUUUCAUCACCAUCCCGUCUCUGAGCAGCAUCUUCAGUCGUCUCAGCCUCUAUCUGCUGUCUGGUCAGGUUGCGUUGGCAAACCAGUGUCUCUCCCAGGCGGAUGCUUUCCUAAAGGCGGCGGUCAGUCUUCUUCCCGAGGUUCCUCGCUCCAUCAGCGUGGAAGGGAAACUUCGCUCUUCUGAGAGCUUCCUGCUGGACUUCAUCAACAACUUCCUGUCUACGCUGCUGGUUGUCCCGGACCAUCCAGAGCAUGGCGUGCUCUACCUGGUUCGUGGUCUGCUCAACAUGGUCCAGGAUUACACCUGGGAGGACAAUAGUGACGCCAAGGUGCGGGUCUACAUCAGCGCUCUGCCCCUGCUGGCCGCCAUGAGCCAGGAAACCUACCUCUACUCCAUCCCUAAAGUGGACUCCAAUGAGACACUUUAUGGAGGAGACCCCAAGUUUCUAUCAGAGAUCAACAAGCUGUGCGAGACUCUGAUCGGGCAGAUCCUGGACCACCUGAAGGGACUCGGGCGGGACGAGCAGAGCACACGGCGUCAAGGCGCUCUGGCCUUUUCCCUGUUCGGUGUCCUGCUGGCUCACGGUGACCUGAAGAACAACAAGCUGAGCCAGCUGGCCGUCAACCUGUGGAACCUCAGCCACAAACACGGAUACUGUGAGACUCGAAUCUCAGUUCGGACCCUGGAGUACAUCAAACACCAGGCUCAGCAGCCUGACAUGACUCACCUGUCGGAUACGGUCCAGAGGCUGGCACUGCAGUCCCGCACCUGAACAUCAACCUCAACAACCUUUGUAAAAUGUUUGUGCACCAAGUUUGUGUAAAUAAAAUAUAAGAAGAAGCACAAAGAAGAAGAAAAAAUGCCUUAAUGUAUUUUAUGUGAGGACACUUGAACAUUUGGAAAGGUGUGAAUGGGUAAAAAGCACUUUGGAUACUUCGUUUUACAUUUUGGCACUAAAUAUUUACAAUCAGCUUGGACCAAUAUAAAAAAGUUUUAACACUUGUAGACUGAAGCUACAGAAAGCUGUUCUCGUGCCACAACUCCUUGUUUUUGCCAUUUUCAAGCCUAAAAAUAGCAACAAAUUCAACUAUCACAGGACAAUAAAACUGAAACCUUAAAGGGACAGUUCACCCCAAAAUCAAAAAUAAUAUUUUUUUCCUCUUACCUGUAGUGCUAUUUAUCCACCUAUAUUGUUUUGGUGUGAUCGUGUUCCUACAUGAAACUGCUCACAACAAAUUUGUGUAUUAUCUUGAGUAACCGGGUCAUGAUUUCUGCAAAGAGACAUUGCUGUUGAGUUUUUCAAAUAUAUUUUUUUAGCGCUUUGAGCACGACAAGCCAAGUGCCAUAUAUUCCCAUUAUAUUAAAAAAAUGCAGACAUCUCCACGGCCGAUGUCUCCAAAACUCGGCAACUAACACCAAAACAAUCUACAUGGAUAAACAGCACUACAGGUAACAGGGAAAAUAUGUAUAUUUGAUUUUGGGGUGACCUUAAAUGACCAAAUCAUUCCAAGUUUGCAAAGGAAGAAAAAAGACAUUUCUCUGCAUGUUUUCUGUUCUUCUGUCUAGUCACAGGUGGGCGACUUUAAUACAAAGAGAGGACAAACAAGCCAAUAAGCAUCAAAUCUGCUGCAAAGUUUUAGCCUAUUUUGCUUCAAACGCUGGAAAAAACGCUGCUGCAGUGCAAAUAUUUUGCAGUGACAGAUCUUUGGCAGCACUGCAAGUUCUGCUGUAAUUUCCACUUGUGUUGUUACCCAUAGUGUUUCCCUGGACCUUUAAAGAAAAAAAAAAAAAAACAGCUAAACAUAGACUGAAUUUUCACUACGACUGUUCUCUGUAUUGCAUAACAAUUCAAGAUCAUGCGUGCAAUUUAUAUAAUGUACUAUUAUUGGUUUAAUAAUAGUGGUUUAACAUGUUGUCCACUUAUAACUAACAUGCAUUUGUAGAAAUAAACAUUUAUCCUGCUUUGUAUUUAAAUAUCAAUGAGUUUGAAUCUAUUUGAACCUGUUUAAAGUACAAAGCUUUUAACACAACAGCCUGUUUCAUUGAUACGAACUGUACUAAUGUUUUUCUUUUUUUUGGUAAAUCCUAUGUAAAAAAUGACUUUUUUUUUGUUUUUUUCCUAGAACCCCACAACACACACAGCAUGAUGCAAUAAAAAGUGGACAGGACAAUGUUUCAAGACAUUCUCAAACUCUUCUCAGUUGUAGUUUAUUUAAUCAAUUAGUGAAUCAUCGAAAACGCAAACACUCUCCUUUAGCUCUCAAAGGAAAACACUUAUCAAAAACAAAAGCAAACAGCUGUGGUGAUGUUCUCUGACGCAGAUAGGUCUCUGGUCACACACCUGUUUAACUGCCAGAUAAUUAAAAGGAGAAUUUUAACAAAACUGACUUUCAAGUUAGCAAAAAAAUAAUCCGACGUUUUAUUCCUUUCUGCACCUUUGACAUGUCAAACAAAAUGAAGUUGUGUGAUAUGAGUACUAGUGCAUGUUCUGUGAUAUUGUUUAACUGAUUAAUGUCUUUGGAAAAUGUGUGCUGCUGAGGAACCUAAAAGUCAAUUUUGCCUGGAUUUCCCUUUAGACAGUAGACCUAGACAGUAGUGGUUUAACUGGAGCCGGUCACCUUUCAGAAACGGGACUUUUCAUAACUAAACACAAUACUGUUAAAGCCGAGUCACUUAAAUAAGUGUUAGUAGUUUUCUUUUAGAUUUUUUUUUCUAAUUUCUUAUGGCAGCUGAGCUUGUACAUUGACUUACACUAUUCAAUCUGCCCCUCUGUAGCAUUAUGACAUUGAGCCAACCAGUCCCAUAUGGCAUGUCAAGAUGGCCAAUAUUAAACUAGCAUUUUAUGAAACAAAUAAUCCUGUAACUAAAUGAGUAAAAUGUUUAAAGGAACCAAUUAACCUGUGAUGUAAUUGAAUGUUAUUAAAACAACUAAUGUUCAUGGAA